AUGUCUUCUCUCAACUCCCCAGAAGGCCAAUAUCUGGCCCUUGCUGGCUCGUUCCAAAAGAGUCAAAAAACUUUAGCAAAUAAUUUUAAAACAUGGGGUCUAAAGCCCUCCUCCAAAACCCAGGCGCCCACAAUCCUUGCUGCGACGGAAGUAGCCUAUACCAGCUCGGUGAAGCAAGUUGAAGACGCUCGCAACAGACAAAUACUCAUCCUUAAUGAGGACUGGGUUGAUGAGUGUUGUGAACAAAAGUCCUGGAUAGCACCAGAGGACAAACAUAUUUGGGAGAAGGGCGGGACAAAAGAAAGUCUCGCGGAGACAGGUUCCACGGCCAGCGGUGAACCCGCUGGCAAGCCAACGGAGAACGACUCAGCGAAGGCCCCUAAUCCUCCUCCCAACCCACCUGAGAAUCCUCCACCACAGCCGCCUAACCCACCUGAGAAUCCGCCACCACAGCCGCCUAACCCACCUGAGAAUCCGCCACCACAGCCGCCUAAUCCACCUGAGAACCCUCCGAAACAUGAAUCUGAUAAUGAGAGCAUGGAGGUUGCUCUUUUAAAAAAACAAAUUGAAGAUCUAAAGAACAGCAAGACAAAUAGUAAAGAUGGUCCUUCAGAUCGAUAUGAUCAAUCUGAAGACCAGAAGGAGUGCUUUGAGAUAUUUUAUGAAUGGUCCAGGCGCUUUGAUGACACAGAUGAUCCCAACACGAACAGAUUUGAGGUGGAUUGUCACCCAGCCGACAUCAACAAACCGCUCAGCGAUCGACGUAAAGAAUAUGAGAUGGAGAUUAUGCUAAUAACUCAAUUUCGAUCUUACGUAUUUGUGAUUGACCCGGAGGGGAAAAUUGAAGGUUACGACUGUCUGAGGCCUGGGUACCUGAUUCCAAGAUCAGAUUGCCCAGCAGCGGCACGGAAAUAUGAAGACAACGGUGGGGAGAUAGUGAGAGCAAAACAAAAAGAAAAUCUCCAGGGCAAGCAAAUGACCGACUUCGUCUGGUGGAGUGUGGCUACGGAUCCGGAGGGCCGUUUUUGCUACUGCUUGGGGGUUUUCAAGGGGGACAAACGGCCCUCGCUCUAA